AGACCGUCUCAAAAAUCAACAACAAGAAGCUUCCUUUGUGGACAGUGGGGGCUAUUUUUUUAUUUUUGGAAUAUGAAAGUAGUGACUGGUGUCUGGAAGCAGGAGCUGUGCACGGUUGCGAAACCACGUCGCCGGCAGCUGGCGCUGGCCGAGGAGACUUCUCUGUGCGCAACCACCCCGUGUGUUUCUAGAACCCCCAGUGUAGCGAGCUGGAGGGAGGACUGUCCUGAGGGCAGCAGGCCUGGUUGCAGCUGGCGUGGGGGUCCCAGGAUGGAGCCCUCGGCUCUGAGAAAAGCUGGCUCCGAGCAGGAGGAGGGCUUUGUGGAGCCGCCCAGGAGGGUCGCUGAGCUGGGGAUGGUCUCCAAUCUCCGGCGUAGCAACAGCAGCCUCUUCAAGGGCUGGAGGCCGCAGUGCCCCUUCGGCAACGACAAGCAAGAAAGCCUCAGUUCAUGGAUUCCUGAGAACAUCAAGAAGAAAGAAUGCGUGUACUUUGUGGAAAGCUCCAAACUGUCUGAUGCUGGGAAGGUGGUGUGUCAGUGUGGCUACACGCGUGAGCAGCACCUGGAGGAGGCUACCAAGCCCGACACCUUCCAGGGCACACGGUGGGACCCAAAGAAACAUGUCCAGGAGAUGCCAACAGAUGCCUUUGGUGACAUCGUCUUCACGGGCCUGAGCCAGGAGGUGAAGAAGUAUGUUAGAGUCUCCCAGGACACGCCCUCCAGCACGAUCUACCACCUCAUGACCCAGCACUGGGGGCUGGACGUCCCCAACCUCCUGAUCUCAGUGACCGGGGGGGCCAAGAACUUCAACAUGAAGCCGCGGCUGAAGAGCAUUUUCCGCAGAGGCCUGGUCAAGGUGGCUCAGACCACAGGGGCCUGGAUCAUCACGGGGGGCUCCCACGCCGGCGUCAUGAAGCAGGUGGGUGAGGCGGUGCGGGACUUCAGCCUGAGCAGCAGCUACAAGGAAGGUGAGGUCAUCACCAUUGGAGUCGCCACCUGGGGCACCGUCCACCGCCGCGAGGGCCUGAUCCAUCCCACGGGCAGCUUCCCUGCUGAGUACAUACUGGAUGAGGACGGCCAAGGGAACCUGACCUGCCUAGACAGCAACCACUCUCACUUCAUCCUCGUGGACGACGGGACCCACGGCCAGUAUGGGGUGGAGAUUCCUCUGAGGACCAGGCUGGAGAAGUUCAUAUCGGAGCAGACCAAGGAAAGAGGAGGUGUGGCCAUCAAGAUCCCCAUCGUGUGUGUGGUGCUGGAGGGCGGCCCGGGCACGUUGCAGACCAUCUACAACGCCACCACCAACGGCACCCCUUGCGUAGUUGUGGAGGGCUCGGGCCGCGUGGCCGACGUCAUUGCCCAGGUGGCCAACCUGCCUGUCUCGGACAUCACUGUCUCCCUGAUCCAGCAGAAACUGAGCGUGUUCUUCCAGGAGAUGUUUGAGACCUUCACGGAAAGCAGGAUUGUCGAGUGGACCAAAAAGAUCCAAGAUAUUGUCCGGAGGCGGCAGCUGCUGACUGUCUUCAGGGAAGGCAAGGAUGGUCAGCAGGAUGUGGAUGUGGCCAUCCUGCAGGCCUUGCUGAAAGCCUCCCGGAGCCAAGACCACUUUGGCCACGAGAACUGGGACCACCAGCUGAAAUUGGCAGUGGCAUGGAAUCGCGUGGACAUUGCCCGCAGUGAAAUCUUCACGGAUGAGUGGCAGUGGAAGCCUUCAGAUCUGCACCCCAUGAUGACGGCUGCCCUCAUUUCCAACAAGCCUGAGUUCGUGAAGCUCUUCCUGGAGAACGGGGUGCAGCUGAAGGAGUUCGUCACCUGGGAUACCUUGCUUUAUCUGUAUGAGAACCUGGAGCCCUCCUGCCUGUUCCACAGCAAGCUGCAGAAGGUGCUGGCGGAGGAACCCGAGCGCCUGGCUUGUGCACCCGCUGCGCCCCGCCUGCAGAUGCACCAUGUGGCCCAGGUGCUGCGGGAGCUGCUGGGGGACUUCACACAGCCGCUCUACCCCCGGCCCUGGCACAGCGACCGGCCUCGGCUCCUGCUGCCCGUGUCCCACAUCAAGCUCAAUGUGCAGGGAGUGAGCCUCCGGUCCCUCUACAAGCGUUCCUCAGGCCAUGUGACCUUCACCAUGGACCCCGUCCGUGACCUUCUCAUUUGGGCCAUCGUCCAGAACCGUCGGGAGCUGGCAGGAAUCAUCUGGGCUCAGAGCCAGGACUGCAUCGCAGCGGCCUUGGCCUGCAGCAAGAUCCUGAAGGAGUUGUCCAAGGAGGAGGAGGACACGGACAGCUCGGAGGAGAUGCUGGCGCUGGCAGAGGAGUGUGAGCACAGAGCCAUCGGGGUCUUCACUGAAUGUUACCGGAAGGACGAAGAGAGAGCCCAGAAACUGCUCAUCCGCGUGUCCGAGGCCUGGGGGAAGACCACCUGCCUGCAGCUCGCCCUGGAGGCCAAGGACAUGAAGUUUGUGUCUCACGGAGGCAUCCAGGCCUUCCUGACCAAGGUGUGGUGGGGCCAGCUCUGUGUGGACAACGGGCUGUGGCGUGUGACCCUGUGCAUGCUGGCCUUCCCGCUGCUCCUCACCGGCCUCAUCUCCUUCAGAGAGAAGAGGCUGCAGGGGGUAAGCAGCCCCGUGGCCCGCGCCCGCGCCUUCUUCACCGCGCCCGUGGUCGUCUUCCACCUGAACAUCCUCUCCUACUUCGCCUUCCUCUGCCUGUUCGCCUAUGUGCUCAUGGUGGACUUCCAGCCCACGCCCUCCUGGUGCGAGUGUGCCAUCUACCUCUGGCUGUUCUCCUUGGUGUGUGAGGAGACGCGGCAGCUCUUCUAUGACCCUGACGAGUGCGGGCUGAUGAAGAAGGCAGCCUUGUACUUCAGUGACUUCUGGAAUAAGCUGGACGUCGGUGCGAUCUUGCUCUUCGUGGCAGGGCUGACCUGCAGGCUCAUCCCGGCGACGUUGUAUCCCGGGCGCGUCAUCCUCUCUCUGGACUUCAUCCUGUUCUGUCUCCGGCUCAUGCACAUUUUUACCGUCAGUAAGACGCUGGGGCCCAAGAUCAUCAUUGUGAAGCGGAUGAUGAAGGAUGUCUUCUUCUUCCUCUUCCUGCUGGCCGUGUGGGUGGUGUCCUUUGGGGUGGCCAAGCAGGCCAUCCUCAUCCACAAUGAGCGCCGGGUGGACUGGCUGUUCCGAGGGGCCGUCUACCACUCCUACCUCACCAUCUUCGGGCAGAUCCCGGGCUACAUCGACGGUAGGAGCCGGGCACCAUGGGAGCUCGGGUGGAGGAAGCAGGAGAGAGGCUGGAAAGGGGCCGCAUUUCCUGUUCUGCUCGCCUCUACGCUGGCUCUUCACCAACUACCUGUCCUGCUCAACCUCCUCAUCGCCAUGUUCAACUACACCUUCCAGCAGGUGCAGGAGCACACGGACCAGAUCUGGAAGUUCCAGCGCCAUGACCUGAUCGAGGAGUACCACAGCCGCCCUGCCGCACCGCCUCCCUUCAUCCUCCUCAGCCACCUGCAGCUCUUCAUCAAGAGGGUGAUCCUGAAGACUCCGGCCAAGAGGCACAAGCAGCUCAAGAACAAACUGGAGAAGAACGAGGAGGCGGCCCUGCUAUCCUGGGAGAUCUACCUGAAGGAGAACUACCUGCAGAAUCAGCAGUUCCAGCAAAAGCAGCGGCCCGAGCAGAAGAUCGAGGAUAUCAGCAAUAAGGUUGACGCCAUGGUGGACCUGCUGGACCUGGACCCGCUGAAGAGGUCGGGCUCCAUGGAGCAGAGGUUGGCCUCCCUGGAGGAGCAGGUGGCCCAAACGGCCCGAGCCCUGCACUGGAUUGUGAAGACACUGCGGGCCAGCGGCUUCGGCUCGGAGGUGGACGUCCCCACUCUGGCCUCCCAGAAGGCCGUGGAGGAGCCAGAUACUGAGCUAGGAGGCAGGAAGAAGAUGGAAGAGCCAGGCGACAGCUACCACGUGAAUGCCCGGCACCUCCUCUAUCCCAACUGCCCCAUCACACGCUUUCCCGUGCCCAACGAGAAGGUGCCCUGGGAGACGGAGUUCCUGAUCUAUGACCCGCCCUUUUACACGGCAGAAAGGAAGGACGCGGCCGCCAUGGACCCCAUGGGAGACACCCUGGAGCCGCUGUCCACGAUCCAGUACAACAUGGUGGACGGCUUGAGGGACCGCCGGAGCUUCCACGGGCCGUACGCAGUCCAGGCCGGGUUGCCCCUGAACCCCAUGGGCCGGACGGGACUGCGUGGGCGCGGGAGCCUCAGCUGCUUUGGACCCAACCACACGCUGUACCCCAUGGUCACGCGGUGGAGGCGGAACGAGGACGGAGCCAUCUGCAGGAAGAGCAUAAAGAAGAUGCUGGAAGUGCUGGUGGUGAAGCUCCCUCUCUCCGAGCACUGGGCCCUGCCUGGGGGCUCCCGGGAGCCAGGGGAGACGCUGCCUCGGAAGCUGAAGCGGAUCCUCCGGCAGGAGCACUGGCUGUCUUUUGAGAACUUGCUAACGCGCGGCAUGGAGGUGUACAAAGGCUACAUGGACGACCCGAGGAACACGGACAAUGCCUGGAUCGAGACGGUGGCCAUCAGCGUCCACUUCCAGGACCAGAACGACGCGGAACUGAACAGGCUGAACUCUAACCUGCACGCCUGCGACUCGGGGGCCUCCAUCCGAUGGCAGGUGGUGGACAGGCGCAUCCCACUAUACGCAAACCACAAGACCCUCCUCCAGAAGGUGGCAGCUGAAUUUGGGGCUCACUACUGACUGUGCACUCAGGCCGGGCAGCUGCAGUCCGUGGACAGUCACCCCGGAAACCAGGGCUUCUCUCUCCCGAGCCUGUCCAGGACUUAGGCUGAUCCUGGGCCCUGCACAGGAUGGAGUUUGGUGGACCCACUGCCCCUCACGGCCGCUGCAAGUUUGCCGCAGAUGACCUCAUGAACUGGACAGGGUCAGGGUGACCUGGGAGGAGAGCUCAAGACAGGGCACAGGCCACUCGGAGUUGAGGGGCCCCUGAGACCCUUGGCCAGCAGGUGAGGGGCUGGGCCUGUGCUGGGCCCUUGGCCAGAGUUCACUCCCUUCCGGGCUGUGUCACCCCAAGCAACUCUUCCACCGUGGAGGUUAUCGGCCCAAGGCAGGUUCCCUGGAGCGUCAGGGUCCCCUGUGGCCUGUGCGGAAGGGGCCCUGCCACUCUCCCCAAGAGGGCCUCCAUGUUCCGAGGUGACUCAACACGGAUCCUUGCCUGGCCCGGGGGCACCGUCUGAACUCCUGGCUGUCAGGAUAAGCUCCGUGGGGGGACAGGAGCCCAGACACAGCCCAGGCCUGUGAAGAGACCCAGAGGGCCUCUGCCAGGGUUAGCCCCAGGGACCCUGGGAGGGGGCUGCAGAAGCUGUCCCUCCCCACUACCUGGGAGCCACAUGCUGGCCACACCCAGGAAGGAGGGACAGUGUGGGCAGGAGGUGGGGAUGUGGGGACCUCGUGGUUUGGUGUCAAUGGCUCACAGGUGUGUGAACCAUCAGGGCCCUCAGGAUGGGGAAUGUAGUAAAACCCAAGAUGUUAAAUCUGCCAUCUCAGGCCAGGCUGGCUCCUGUGUGUUUUCCACAAAUAAAGUUUCUGACAUGUCCAGGG